AUGGUGAAGUCUCCGGACCCCGUGCUCAGAGUCGCACCACCCCUGCACAAACAGUGCAUAUCGAACGAACUUCUGGACAUCAGAUUGGCGGCUAUACGUAAAGCCAUAACAUCAGGGGAAGAUCCGAACGAACUUGGAGGCUGGAAGAAUCCUGGUGUCGGUCGUCCAUUGCAUUAUGCGCUAAACGACUCUGCGCAGCAUGAUUACACACAGCUGAAACAGAACCUUCCUGUCAUUGAGUUGCUACUCGAAGCAGGAGCAGACCCAAGGCUUCCAUCCCUGAAACCGGGGCGCCGGUCGCCAAUUGAGGAGCUCGAAGCGUGGUUCAGAGAGUACAAUAAGGGCGACCACUCAAAAUGGGCCCCAGAGGACCUUGAAUUGCAGCCGUUUUACGAAGCAGCGUUGCAGGCCAUGAAGAAGGCGGCGUUAGCGCUCGAUGCACAAGAUACUGCUUCGACUGCGCAAGCUCUGAGUGAGAAUGCGCCUAUUUUCUCUAGGUCCUGGUUCGAGAAAUUAAAGCUGUGGUAG